AUGCUCUUCUUCACCAAGGGCUACGAAGAAAGUGCUCUGGAUGUUGGCAAGGAUGCUAUCUUCAGAGCAGAUAACAGUGAUAUUGUCCUUGUUCGGGAUAUCGAGUUCUUCAGCAUGUGUGAACAUCAUAUUCUAGCAUUCAUGGGAAAGGUCCAUAUUGCGUAUAUUCCCGAAGGCCAAGUCCUAGGUUUGUCAAAGUUAGCUCGGAUUGCAGAGGUUUUUGUACGCCGGCUGCAGAUCCAAGAGCGUCUCACGCAGCAGAUCGCUCAGGCUGUCGAUGACCUUCUACAUCCUCAAGGGGUAGCCGUUGUUAUGGAAUCUGUUCAUACGUGCAUGGUUAUGAGAGGCAUCCAGAAGACCAGCUCCAUGGCUAUUACGAGCUACAGAAUGGGUGUCUUUAAAAGGGAUAAGGAAUGUGAGGAACGCUUCAUGUUUUUACUUAAUCUGAGGCAGCAAUUUCUUGAAUAG